AUAGCUAACAACUCGCGCCAUAGGAUAGGAUGUUUCUUUAGGGGCAUCCAUGGCUUCUCUUCUUCCCCCAACUGCAACCAUUUUUCACCAAGAUACUAAAUUCAUCUGCUUCUCUCCUUCAAAACCCACAUUACAAAAGUAUUUCUGGUCCUUCACAAACCUUUGGAAAAGAAACAAUGUUACGUGCAAUGCAUUAUUUGAUGACGUUUCAGAUAGUUUGUUGAAGAACGCUCCCAAUCUGGACCAAUCAUUGAAUCUAUUCCCUGGUUUUCAAUCUGGGUAUGUACAGUUUCAGAGAGUGACUGGAGAAUUGCCGGAGAUGCAGAAAUGGGGGAUUCUGGUUUUUGCUGGGUUUACUUGGAUUUAUCUUACUGCUAGGCCAGGUGUUCUUAUUGGUGCCAUUGAUGCAUAUCUACUAGCUCCUCUGCAAUUGGGCUUGGACAGUUUGACUGGUAGGAGGAGCUUGAAGAGGUCUGACUUCCUGAUUGGGGAUAGAUUGGGAGAAGGGUCAUUUGGUGUUGUUUAUUCCGGCGUGAUUGUUCCCAAGAAUGUGACCGUAGAAGAAAGGGUACGAAAGGGAGGAAGUAGAAAAACUCUAGACAUGGAUGGAAGGUUCAAAGAGAAGGUGAUUCUUAAAAAGGUGAAGGUUGGAGUUCAAGGUGCUGUAGAAUGUGGUGAUUUUGAAGAAUGGUUCAAUUACAGGUUGUCAAGAGCAGCUCCUGAGACAUGUGCGGAGUUCCUUGGAAGUUUUGUUGCUGAUAAAACUAAUUCACUAUUUACGAAGGGUGAGAAGUGGCUUGUAUGGAAACUUGAGGGAGAUCGUGACCUUGCUGAUUACAUGAACGAUCGUAUUUUCCCUUUGAACUUGGAAUCUAUCAUGUUUGGUCGUGUCUUACAAGAAUUAGAAUCUAUUGAGCGUAAUGCACUGAUCAUCAAGCAAAUAAUGCGCCAGAUUGUCACUUCACUCAAGAAAAUCCAUGACACAGGGAUCGUUCACAGGGAUGUGAAGCCAUCCAACUUAGUGGUGACGAAGAAGGGACAGAUCAAACUCAUAGAUUUUGGGGCAGCCACAGACCUUCGUAUAGGCAAGAAUUAUGUACCCAACCGCGGCCUGCUUGACCCUGAUUAUUGUCCCCCUGAAUUAUAUGUCCUCCCAGAGGAAACACCAAAGCCACCGCCAGAGCCAAUUGCGGCCUUUCUUUCUCCAAUUCUUUGGCAGCUUAACAGUCCCGACCUAUUUGAUAUGUAUUCUGCUGGGAUAGUACUCUUGCAAAUGGCAACACCUUCCUUAAGGUCCACAGCAGGCUUGAAGAAUUUCAAUUUGGAAAUUAAGGGAGUUGGUUAUGACUUGAAAAGGUGGAGAGAGAAGACUCGGUUGAGGCCCAACCUGAGCAUUCUUGAUCUUGAUUCAGGUAGAGGCUGGGAUUUGGCCACAAAGCUCAUUUCAGAGCGAGGUUCCCUUCGAAGGGGACGUUUGUCAGCUUCAGCUGCUUUGAGGCAUCCAUAUUUCUUGUUGGGUGGUGACCAAGCAGCUGCGGUUCUAUCAAAAUUUAGCUUAACCAAGUAGCGAGUUGCUUAACUGACGUGGGAAAAAUGAGGAGGGGUCCAAAUGUCGUGCUUCCAAUGUGUUAACCAGAAAACUUCUGGGGAAUCUCUCAUGUUCAUUUCAAAGAGAAACUGCUUCUUUAAUCACUUAGCAAGAAAUUGUUAUCCUAUAUUCUUUGUUUCUCUCUUGCAUGAAGCCUCCUCUUAAGUUUACUAAGUAAUAUUUAACUUGAAAAUAUAUUUUGUAACCGAGGUACUGAGAUUCUGAGAAUUGAGAAUUGGUUUGUCCCAUUUCCUCAUGGUGGUAAAUUGCCAAGUGAGACCCAAUUUGUUAUGUCAGAAUGCUUGCUGGGACACAAGAACCACUGUGAUAAGCAUAUAUAUACUGUCUGGAUGAGAAUCCUUGGUGUUAGGAAUUGUAUAUUAUAGCGGAAACGUAAGAUCAAAAAUAUAUCUUAAUUCGCUUUAAUCCCAAAACUUUUAAAGGAUGUUCC